AUGAAGGGUUUCAUCAUUGCAUCCACGUUUCUUUCGGUGGUGGGAGGCGUGUUGGGAGGCGUGGUGUCGAGGAGCCAGGACGGCAAGGUCUUGAUCUCACCUGCGAAUGGAGCAAAGAACGUCAACCCAGACACACACCUCGUGCUCGAGUUUUCUUCCCCUCCGGCAAUAGGUGACUCUGGUAUGAUCCGCAUCUACGAUGCUGCGGAUCAGAAACUCGUUGAUCAGCUCGACCUGUCAGUCCCAUUCUCUCCAAGCCCAUACGGUAAUGGUUCGACCAAGGCCCCUACUGGCGACAAAACCGUUUACCAGACCAACAUCAUCGGCGGCAUGGACUUCUACUUCUUCCCCAUCAUCGUCCGCGAAAACACGGCGACUGUGUAUCUGCAUAACAACAAACUCGCCUAUGGGCGUACCUACAUUGUCAAGAUGGAUGCCACGGUCCUCAAGCCCGACGAAGGGACUUUUGAUGGUUUUUGCUCCUGGGUUUUCUCCACCAAGGACCAAGGCCCCAAGCCAGGCACGACGGAGGUGGUGGUCGCAGCAGACGGCUCCGGCGACUUUAACACCGUCCAAGGCGCAAUCGACUGGGCGCCUGCGAACCCAACCAAGCGCACCAACAUCCUCAUCAAGGACGGCAACUACGAGGAGUUAGUGUACUUCCGGUACAAGACAAACCUGACCAUUCGCGGACAAAGUCGCAACAAGACGAUCGUGGGAUACCCCAACAACAGCGCCUUCAACCCCCCGGGCCGCGAGGGACCGUCGCGCCGCCCGGCGUUCUCCUUCCACGGGGUCAGCGACGUCCAGCUCAGCACCUUCACCAUCAACAACUACUACAGUGGCCAGGCCGAAGCGCUGCUCGUCGAAGGCGUGCGCGUCUUGCUCGACCGCCUGACGCUUGUUGGCUCCGGCGACGCCUUCACCACCUAUGGCACCAUCUAUGUUGCCGACAGCAAGCUCACGGGUGAUGGCGAUACCGUGCUGGGCUACGGGUCGGUUUACUGGCUGCGCAGCGAGAUUGUGUCUAAACGUGGGUCGGUGACGUGGACGCGCACUGCACAGGGAGACCACGGCAACGUCUUCGUGGACAGCACCAUCAGCGGCGGCGAGGGGUCCAAGGUCACGUUUGCGCGUCUGCCCGACAAUUCCGGCGGCGUCAUGGACAACUGGCCGUUUGCGGAGAUGGUACUUAUCGACACGAGGACAGCGAAUGUUUCGCCUCAGGGGUGGGGUCCCGUCCAGGGCCUGCCGUUUGACUCCAGUCAAGUGCGUUUUUGGGAAUUUAACACGAUGGAUUUGGAGGGGAAUCCUGUGGAUAUGUCACAGCGGCUGAAUGUUUCGAGGCAGCUGACAUUGCCGGCAGACGCGGAUAUCAUUGCUAAAUAUAGAGACCCAGCUUAUGUGCUUGGAGGAUGGACGCCAGUGGUGCUCUCUUAAAGCGGAAAGCCAAGGAUUGAUAAUGCGUAUGGAUCAGAGCUUGGGGCGUGACCUGUUGAAAAAGGAAUGCGGAUUU